GGGCUAGCGAAGAUAAGUCAGGAAAAUGGCUGAAAGCGCAGUGUUAAUGAGUUCACAUUGGGCAUCGGGACUCAUGUCUACGUGCCUCGUAGUACUUCUGUUCGCUAGUCUUCAGAUCUUCAAGGCCGCCUUCACUCAGACUCGCGCAAUGACCGUCCUCGGCGGUUAUGUUGGUUCGUGGCUUUUCAUUCUUCUGCUAACGGCUGUGUCAAACUUCGAGAUGGCCGCGUUCGGAUCCGCCUUCCAGAGCAAACUGCUUCCGGAAGUAGCGGGUUGCCUUGUUCUUAGCCUUCUUUUACUGGCACAGAUUCAUCGAGUUUGCGCAACAACGUGUGCGCUGUUCUCAUUUGUUGCGCUUUAUUAUUUGGCUGCCGUUUCUGUCAAGGCCUACCCAGGCCAACAGGGUAGCGGUGGCUCCUUAGGGGUGCAUGAGGGUCGAGAUAGGACUUCUGUAAGACAUUAUCAAUAUAACAAAGGCAACAAGAGAAAAGGAGCUUAGGUUAAGACUGAUACGUAUAAUCAAUUGUAUUUAGACGCUGCUUUACAAUUUCAUCAAAUGUGCAUAUCGAUACUGUUAAUUAAGUAUGAAAUACGGAAUAAAAAAGAAUAAAGACUGCAAGAGAGAAAUUUAAGCAAGGGAUGGGGCAAUAGGUAAAAUAAUCAAAUGUGUAUGGAUAUUUAAGACACGUCUUUUGACAGUAUUUAGAGGACAGCGCGUUAAGUUUAAACAAAAUAUUAGGAAACAUUCUCCUAAGUAUUUCAUGUUAAAAGAUAGUCCGGAUAUUACCUAGUAGAGAGUAUAACCUGCUACGUUAGCGCUGAACUUAGUCUUAUAUAAAGUAAAGCCAACAUAAAUUAAAUUUCGACGACAAUUUGUUCACCGACAGGCACGGAGACAGUACAUCUUGUUUUUACUAGUUCAUUUCACUCAUUUGCAUAUGGGGCCUAAUACUACAGUUAGGAUUGUGUACAUUGUACAAAGGACAUGAGAUUUUAUGCUUGCAAUAUCCGCAAGACGUGUUUUCAAAACUGACAACAUCAAGUUUGAACGCAUCGGCAGCGAACCAGUCUUUUGUUGUAUGAACUAAAAACGGAUGCAGAGAAUUGUUGGCUUAUCUCGUGUGUUUUGAGUUCCAGUUGAUAAUACAAUAUUCGUCCAUCGUUUGUUAAUAAAAAAUAUUGAAAAUGUAUACAGUGUUGGUUAUUGCAAAGUGGAUCACCUUUAAAAGGGAAGUGUGGUAGAUACUGCUUACAAUGUCGAAAUAUAAACAAGCUCUUGAUCUAGGAAAUUCUGAAAAAUCAUGUUUCAAAUCGUAGUCUAAAUGAUAUUCAAAACUGACUUAUCUUUACAUUUGCAUAUUAAUCUAUUAGACAACUAGGCUUUGUGGGAGUAAGAAAGCUAGAAAAAACGUUGGUUAGAAGCAAAGGUAGAUUUUUUUGAAUAAUUACUGUAAGUUUUGAAAAAAGCUGAAGAAGUUGAGGAAACUAUAGACUCGCUAACUUAAGGAUAUUAAGAAGGCUCAAUAAAUUUUGGCAAAAGAAAACAUUUUUAAAAAUUUUUUAUUGUCUUAUAGAGCGUAUUGAACAAUUUUUUGAUACAUUUCUCUAUUUUAGUUAUCGGUUAUUUUAGCUAUUCUCGGUUAAGCAUUCGAACAGUAGUUUCUUCUCGGUAGUAGAAAAUUAACACACUACAUAUAAUUAAGAUAUUAGCAA